AGCGAGUUUGACUCGUGUCGCCAGUUGCUGAGCUGUCCCGCUGCUUGUUCCUUCAGCUUCUUUUAGAAUGUCGGCCAAGAUUGAUACGGAUAACACCAUUGAUGAGAGCUUGUACUCUCGCCAGCUUUAUGUUUUGGGUCAUGAGGCCAUGAAAAAAAUGAGUGUGGCUCAUGUCUUGAUUAUCGGUUUGAAAGGUCUUGGUGUUGAAAUUGCCAAGAACGUUAUUCUGGCGGGUGUCAAGAGUGUUACACUUUAUGAUCCUACGCCAUCCACCCUGGCCGAUUUGUCCGCACAGUUUUAUAUUCGAUCAGACGAAGUCGGCCAACCCCGUGCCGCCGUUUCGCAACCUCGAUUGGCAGAAUUGAACAACUAUGUGCCUGUCCAUGUUCUUGAAGGCGAAUUGAACGAGGAGACUUUGAAAAAGUACAAGGUGGUUGUUGCAACCGAGCUUCCUUUCGCCCAACAACUGGCCAUCUCCGACAUUUGUCAUGCCAACAACAUUCACUUCAUUUCAACCGAAGUUCGUGGUCUUUUUGGUCGCGUGUUCAACGAUUUUGGUAAGCAAUUCGAAGUCAUUGACGCCACUGGUGAAGAACCUCUUCACGGCAUGAUUGCCGGUGUCACCAAGGAGGCCAAUGGUAUGGUGACAUGUCUGGAUGAGACUCGUCAUGGUUUGGAGGAUGGCGACUAUGUUGAAUUCCGUGAGGUUCAAGGCAUGACCGAACUGAAUGACGCGGCUCCUCGCAAAGUGAAAGUGUUGGGUCCUUACACUUUCAGUAUUGGUGACACCUCGGAAUUCGGUGAAUACAAGACAGGCGGGAUCUUUACCCAAGUCAAGAUGCCUAAAUAUAUCGAUUUCAAAUCGUUCAAGGAAUCGCUCGCUUCUCCCGAGUUUUUGGUAUCCGAUUUUGCGAAAUUUGACAGACCUAUGCAGCUCCACCUCGGUUUCCAGGCCUUGCAUCAGUUUCUGGAAAAGCAUCAACGCUAUCCCAAGCCUCGCAACGAACAGGACGCAAGCGAAGUGUUUGAGUUAACGAAGGCACUUGUCAAUACCGUGGAGGAAAAGCCAGAGCUUAGUGAAAAAUUGAUCAAGGAGCUCGCUUACCAAGCUUCAGGUGAAUUGGCACCCAUGGUGGCCAUUUUCGGUGGUUUGGUCGCACAAGAAGUAUUGAAGGCUGUGUCUGGUAAAUUCAAUCCCGUAUACCAACACAUGUACAUGGAUGCUCUCGAAGCCUUGCCCACCAGUGUUCAGUUGACAGAAGAAGAAUGUGCUCCUAUCGGCUCGCGUUACGAUGGCCAAAUUGCUGUUUUCGGCCGUACUUUCCAAGAAAAGAUUGCCAACACCAAGGAAUUCCUUGUAGGCGCUGGUGCCAUUGGUUGUGAAAUGUUAAAGAACUGGGCCAUGAUGGGUCUUGGUGCUGGUCCCAACGGUCGCCUAGUUAUUACGGAUAUGGAUACCAUUGAAAAGAGCAACUUGAACCGACAGUUCCUUUUCCGACCUGCUGAUGUCGGUCAACUCAAAUCGGAACGUGCGGCCGUCGCUGUGAGCAAGAUGAAUCCUGAUUUGGAAGGCAAAAUUGAUGUUCAUCAGGAACGUGUGGGCCCUGACACUGAAAACAUCUAUGACGAUGACUUUUUUGAAUCGUUGUCCGGUGUGACCAAUGCUUUGGACAAUGUGGAGGCUCGCAAGUACAUGGAUCGACGAUGUGUGUACUACCGCAAGCCGCUUUUGGAAUCCGGCACCCUUGGCACUAAGGGUAACACUCAAGUGGUGCUUCCUUUCUUGACCGAAUCCUACUCUUCUUCUCAGGAUCCCCCAGAGAAGGCCAUUCCCAUCUGUACACUCAAGAAUUUCCCCAAUGCUAUUGAGCACACCAUUCAAUGGGCGCGUGAUCUGUUUGAAGGUUACUUCAAACAGCCCGCAGACAAUGUCAACUUGUACUUGACCCAGCCCAAUUUUGUUGAAAACACAUUGAAGCAGGGUGGCAACCAAAAGGAAAUGUUGGAAAGUGUAUACAACUACCUUGUUGCCGAAAAGCCUCUUUCUUUCGCACAAUGCGUUGCCUGGGCUCGAUGCAAGUUUGAGGAAAUUUACAGCAACAAUAUCCGUCAGUUGUUGUUCAACUUCCCCAAGGAUUCGGUUACUUCCACUGGCCAAGCAUUCUGGUCGGGUCCCAAGCGUGCUCCCGAACCCAUCACUUUCGAUCCCAGUAAUCCGAUCCAUAUGGAUUUCGUGAUCUGUGCAGCCAACCUGCACGCUGCCAACUAUGGCUUGAAGGGUGAAACCGAUCGUGAAUAUUUCCUGCGUGAAUUGGAGAAUGUCAUUGUUCCCGAAUUCAAGCCCAAGGAAGGCGUCAAGAUUCAAGUCCAGGAAGGUGAAACUAUUGAUAAUAAUAACAACAACGAUUCUUUGGAUGACGUUAUCAAUGGUCUUCCUGCGCCAUCGACACUUGCUGGUUUUCGUUUGAUGCCUGCCGAAUUUGAAAAGGAUGAUGACACCAAUUUCCACAUCGAUUUUAUUACCGCUGCUUCCAACUUGCGUGCUAUCAACUAUGGCAUUUCGCCUGCUGAUCGCCACAAGACUAAAUUCAUUGCUGGCAAGAUCAUUCCCGCGAUUGCUACCACCACUGCUUUAGUGACUGGUUUGGUGUGCAUUGAAUUAUACAAGAUCAUUGAUGGAAAGGAUGAUAUUGAACAAUACAAGAAUGGUUUUGUCAACUUGGCCUUGCCCUUCUUUGGUUUCUCUGAACCCAUUGCCAUGCCUAAGCUUGAGUACAAUGGCAAAGAAUUCAGUUUGUGGGAUCGAUUUGAUAUCAAUGGUGAUAUCACUCUUCAAGAAUUCAUUGACUAUUUCAAGAAUGAACACAAUCUCGAAGUUACCAUGGUUUCGUCUGGCGUUUCCAUGCUUUAUUCGUUCUUCAUGCCCAAGAAGAAGGCAGAUGAGCGUAAGAGCAUGAAAUUGUCUAAAUUGGUCGAGACUAUAUCCAAGAAGCCGAUCCCCGACCAUGUAAAGGCAUUGAUUUUCGAAAUUUGUGCAAACGAUGCUGAAGACGAAGACGUUGAGGUGCCCUAUGUUCGCGUGAGGAUUAGACAGUAAAUUUACAAAUAAUCUCAUCCGCCAGAAUUGAAAUAAAAAAUAAAAAGGAUCGCAAAGACAACGCAUGGCCAUUUUUGCACAAGGAGUUUAUCUUUCUGCAAUCAAUAAACGGUUGCUAAAUAC